GAGAGAGAGAGAGUUGGUAUCCUUGCAUUAUAAAUAAAGCCCGAGUGAGUUAUUUGCCUUUUCAUCUCAAUCAGAGAAAAGUUAGGGUUCGUGACUUUCCCUUUUCCUUCGUUUCUUUCGUUCGGAAUCAUAAUCAUCAUCGUCGACAUAUCAUCAUGUCAUCGGCGAGGAAGAUCACCCUGAAGAGUUCCGACGGGGAGGCGUUCGAGGUGGACGAGGCGGUGGCGCUGGAGUCGCAGACGAUAAAGCACAUGAUUGAGGACGACUGCGCCGACAGCGGCAUCCCUCUCCCCAACGUUACCAGCAAGAUCCUCGCUAAAGUCAUCGAGUACUGCAAAAAACAUGUCGAUGCCGCCAAUCCCGACGACAAACCUUCUGAGGAAGAUCUCAAGGCCUGGGACGCGGAUUUCGUCAAGGUCGACCAGGCCACGCUCUUCGAUCUCAUCCUGGCUGCGAACUACCUGAACAUCAAGAGCCUGCUGGAUCUUACAUGCCAGACUGUAGCAGACAUGAUCAAGGGGAAGACUCCAGAGGAAAUUCGCAAGACCUUUAACAUUAAGAAUGACUUCACCCCUGAGGAAGAAGAGGAAGUUCGUCGGGAAAAUCAAUGGGCAUUUGAAUGAUUUUGUUAAGCCAUAAAAUCUGAAUCAAAGAUCUGCCAUGUGGUUUUAUGCUAUGCUUGUCUGUUUUUCAAAGAUCUUCCUUGUAGAUUUACCUAUGCUAUAUACUUGUUUGUUUUCUAUUUCAGACUAUUUAUGUUGACUGUGUUCACGAGUCAGAAUUAUCAUCCUACAUGAACGUUAAUAGCGCUUGAAUUGUAAUUAAUAGUUGUGAUGAGGGGAAGCGAUUAUUCUGACA